AUGGACCCAGAGGAAACAAGUUUAAAAUACGGAAUUCAGGUUUCAGAAACGUCUUUGCGCAAUAUUUGGGAUAUUGUGGUGGCUUUUGAUAUCGGCACAAGCUAUUCCGGGUACGCUUAUUGUGACAGAAAGGAAAUAAGCUCAAAAUCGAUCUCCUUGAAUCAGUGGUCGGGAAACAUGGUCCCAGAUCCGAGGGCCAAAGCACCAACUACAGUUCUUGUUGACAAAGAUAAGUCUUUUCAUUCUUUUGGAUACGAGGCAGAGGACUUUUAUGCACAACGGGUCUGCGAAAAGAACAACGAAGAUUGGCAUCGAUUUAAGAACUUCAAGAUGAUUCUUUAUAGAGAAAAAAAUGUCCAACGCAAUAUACAAAUCAUGGAUGACUCUGGAAGGCUUUCACUUCCAGCUUUAGAUAUCUUUGCAUGGGCAAUUCAGGCUCUGAAAAAUCACUUCGAAUCCACAGUGAAAGACAGGUCUCUCUCAAUGGAUAAAAACAACAUUUUAUACGUGAUAACAGUGCCUGCAAUUUGGAAGCAAUCUGCAAAACUCUUCAUGAAAGAAGCUGCUUUGAAGGCUGGAAUUCCUGAGGCUCAACUUUUAAUUGCUUUAGAACCAGAGGCUGCAGCAAUGUAUUGUAAAUCUCUACCCGAUCAGACACUUACAGAAACAUUCAAACCAAAUAAAAGAUACAUGGUCUUGGAUCUUGGGGGGGGAACAGCUGAUGUUGUAGUCCAUGAUGUUUUAGAAGAUGGUAGACUAGCAGAGGUUUACAAGGCUUCUGGUGGCGACUGGGGAGGAACAACGGUUGACAGAGAGUUCGAGAAACACAUUAAGACGGUCUUCCAUAGCGAAUCAUGUCUACAAGAGUUGUGGGAAAAUGCUCCAAGAGAUGCUUUUGAUAUGGAAAGGGAAUUUGAAAUGCAAAAAAGACAAAUCAGCAGUGCUCCCGAUGGUAAUAUUCGGUUAAAACUACCACGAAGACUACAACAGUUUGGAAAUAGACCAUUGAAUGAUUCGGUUACGUUUGAUCAUAUAUAUGUGGAAAACUCAAAAUUCAAGGAGUUUUUUGAAGAAGCCAAGCUUAAAAUCAUAAAACUGAUAAAAGAAAUUCUGGAAGAGGUCAAUCAUUUGGAUCAAAUUCUUCUCGUUGGAGGAUUUUCCUGUUCUAAAUAUCUAUGUGAACAAAUAAAAUCCCACUCUGUUUUCUCUGGUAUUAAUUUCUGUUGUCCCAAAGACCCUGGCCUAGCAGUUCUUCAAGGAGCAGUCAUAUUUGGGUAUAACCCAGAAGAAGUUGAAUUCCGUAUAUGUCGAUAUACCUAUGGCAUUGGUGUUCUUCAAGAUUUUGAUGAAUCGAGGCAUCCCGAAGAGAAGCGAGAUACUGUAGACGGUGAAGUGGUGUGCAAAGACAUUUUUGAUGUACUCGUUCACGAAGGGGACAGAGUAAAAUACAAUGAACCUAAGAUCUCCAGAUCUAAAAGCAGUCAUAAACAACCAGAUAGAAAGCAAAUACUAAUUCGAAAAGAAAUAUAUGCUGGUAAAAAUAUUAAGAAGGGUGGGCUAACAUUCGUCACAGAUAAAGGAAUUAAAGCAAUUGGGAAAAUAAUCAACAAAUCACCAGAAAACGGAUGGCCUGACCUGGUGGACUUUGAGACAAAAGUAUAUUUUGGACAGACGGAUAUAAGAGUUGAAGAUUUCGAUAUAACAAACAAGGUCUCUGUUAAAGCCGAGUUUGAUCUUAUCUGACAAUAAGUUUAUGCUUCAUAAAACUUUUAGAUAAAACGCUCUUAUUUUUGUUUAAGGAACUCGGCAUCAGGAUGGUGUAUUCUGUUAAUCGUUUU